GAACUCGCUAGCCUCUCCCGGGGAAGUCGCUGUCCUUACCUUCAGCAGGAGUCCGCGUCUGGUUAUCUCCGUCCCACAGCUAUCCACUGCUCUCCUGCCUCCCAUCAUGGCCUUGCUGCACUCCGGCCGCGUCCUCUCCGGGGUCAGUGCCGCUUUCCACCCAGGCCUCGCGGCCGCGGCCUCUUCCAGAGCCAGCUCCUGGUGGGCCCACGUGGAGAUGGGACCCCCAGAUCCUAUCCUGGGAGUCACAGAAGCCUUCAAGAGAGACACCAGUAGCAAAAAGAUGAAUCUUGGAGUUGGGGCUUAUCGGGAUGAUAAUGGAAAGCCGUAUGUGCUCCCAAGUGUCCGGAAGGCCGAAGCCCAGAUUGCUGCAAAAAACCUGGACAAGGAAUACCUGCCCAUCAUCGGACUGGCUGAAUUUUGUAAGGCAUCUGCAGAACUGGCACUAGGUGAAAACAACGAAGUGUUGAAAAAUGGCCGGUACGCCACCGUGCAGACCAUUUCUGGAACUGGGGCCUUACGAAUUGGAGCCAGCUUCCUGCAAAGAUUCUUUAAGUUCAGCCGAGAUGUCUUUCUUCCUAAACCAACCUGGGGAAAUCACACACCCAUCUUCAGGGAUGCUGGCAUGCAGCUCCAAGGUUACCGAUACUACGACCCCAAGACUUGUGGCUUUGACUUCACCGGUGCUAUGGAGGACAUUUCAAAAAUACCAGAGCAAAGUGUUAUCCUCCUGCACGCCUGUGCCCACAAUCCCACAGGAGUGGACCCUCGGCCUGAGCAGUGGAAAGAAAUAGCAACACUGGUAAAGAAAAAGAAUCUCUUUGCAUUCUUUGACAUGGCCUACCAGGGCUUUGCCAGUGGUGAUGGGAACAAGGAUGCCUGGGCUGUGCGCCACUUCAUCGAGCAGGGCAUUAAUGUUUCUAUCUGCCAGUCCUAUGCCAAGAACAUGGGUUUAUACGGUGAGCGUGUGGGAGCCUUCACUAUGGUCUGCAAAGAUGCCGACGAAGCCAAAAGGGUGGAAUCGCAGUUGAAGAUCUUGAUCCGUCCCAUGUAUUCCAACCCUCCUCUCAAUGGGGCCCGGAUCGCUGCAGCCAUCCUGACCAGCCCGGAUUUGCGGAAACAAUGGUUGCAAGAAGUGAAAGGCAUGGCAGACCGCAUCAUUAGCAUGCGGACUCAGCUGGUCUCCAGCCUCAAGAAGGAAGGCUCCUCCCACAAUUGGCAGCACAUCACUGACCAGAUUGGCAUGUUCUGUUUCACAGGGCUAAAGCCUGAACAGGUGGAGCGGCUGACCAAGGAAUUCUCCAUCUACAUGACAAAGGACGGGCGAAUCUCUGUGGCAGGGGUCACCUCUGGCAACGUUGGCUACCUUGCCCAUGCCGUCCAUGAGGUCACUAAGUAAUUGCCUUGCUGAGAGGGAACAGAGACAACCUUUCUGUCUUCAGCCUCUGCUGUUGUGAGCUCCACAAGAAGGAUGAAGAAGGGCAGAUGGUGGUGAGCAGAUCAUUUCUUUCAACCACAGUGCUUAACAUUCAGCCACUGAAUGUGUUUCUCAGAGAAGAACUUGUAUAGAAAUAGAGCAGAGGCACCUGGGGCUAGUAUCUGGAACUUUGUGGCUCCAAACCAAACUCUCCCCCAUCUUUUUGUCUCCAGCUUUUCCAAAAGAGUUUUACACGUACAAGAAAGAGCCAAAAAACCUGUCCAUCACACCAUUGCAAUAUUUCAGCAGCUUUAACUGAAACACCUUACUGUGGUGAGGGGUUCCUCUGUGCUAUGAAGAAUAGCAUGUAUGCUAUUGUGAGAAAGACUAGUUCUAACAUUAACAGUUGGCCUCUGUGUCCUCCCAUUAUUGAGCAAGUUUAUCAACAGAACAUGCCAUGGAAAUCAUGUUAUGAAAACCAUUGAGCCUGCUGCUGCUGCCUCUGCAGCAAGGAAAAGAAAAGAUGCUGUUUCCAGUCUUAUUUAAGAAAAAAAAGAAACAAGGCUUUCCUUUUUAGUGCUUGCAAGCAUUGUACCGUUCCCCUCUUCUCCCUUAUCCUUGUCCUUCUUUUCCUUAAGCACAAAGAUCAAAACAAGCCUAAAUCAUCGUGUCAUUCUACUGCUUGAUUGACCAACAACCUCAUCCUGUCAUGAUUUGUUCGUUACAAGAAUGAUGAGCUUAAUUUAAUGCACAUCCCAUUCCCUCACCUUUUGCAGUUAAGAAUAGUGUAGAGUAGGUAACUGCACUUUUAAGUUCAUUAUCCUCUUCAGUGAUUGUCUCCUGCCGGGAUGUUGCCUCUGCCCAGCUGACCUCUUCCUGUUGUUCAGUGUGAGUCAGACAGCGCUGAGCAGUACCAGGAAAGAGGAUCUUCUGGACUUCGGCUAUAAACUUGUGUAUGCUGCCAGCCAGGCUCAGGCUUCACCCUUUGGAAAGAUAACCACCAUCUGCUCCAAUUGUGUAAAGAUUACAGCUUGGUUUCUCUGUUACAAUAAAAUUACUGUAGACCCAA